GACGGCGGGAGAAAGUGAAGCAGUCGUAGUAAUAGUAAUGGUGGUGGUGGUGGUGGUGGUGGUAGUGGUGGCCCUGAAUGUGAAGCGGCGGAGGUAGUGGUGGCGGUGGUGGUGGCGACGUGCGGCAUCUGUGGCCGUGCUGGUGACGCAGUGAUACCCAGGAGCCGCCCUCCCUCACCACCUCCCUUCCUGCCCCUGCCGCCUCCUGCCCCCGGGGCAUCGCCCGGCCUGCUCCUCCCUCCGGUGCCCCCCUUUCACACACACACACGCACACACAGGGCAGGCUCUGCACGACGCGGCUGCAGGAAGGAAGGAAGCCUCCAGAAGCGUGUGUUGUCGUAGCUUGGGUCGAGACGCAGCGGCGGCGGCUGGUGAGCGGCGGGACGCGGCCCGGCCAGCCAAGGUGAGGGCGGCUGGCGGCUUGCCCAGAGACGAGCCGGACUUAAUGCCAGCGCCGGCUGUGUGCCCUGCCACCCGCCUCCCUCCCUCGGCCUCCCCCACCGUCUGAUUGGGGCGGGGGCCAGAAUCAGCCCCCAGGAGGUGGCUGCGGCGGCGGCGGCGGCAGUCCCGUCGGGUAGUGAGCGGGGCGCGGCCGUGUGCCUGGCGCGCUCCCCGACUGUCAUGUGAACACCCCGUGGCCGCGAGCAGCACAGCGACGCCCCAGCAGCCGAGUCCUGCCGCGGUGUGGGUAGCGGUGCCGAGGCCGCCAGCACGACAGGCCCGCCGGGCUGUGAGGAGCGGGGGCUGCUGUGCCUCGAGGGGACUGUGGCGGCGGGCGCGGCCCCCGCUGGGUGGGCGUGGAGGCGGCGCCGCGUGGUCAUGGGCGGCCAGGAUGCUGUCGACCUGCUCCCCUGGUGGAGCCCCGGCGUGAUACUGCCGCCGGACCACAGUCAGCGCCACCAGGCCCGUGACCCCCAGCGAGAUCCCCUGCCGAACCCCCAGGCACGGAGGGAACUCCGCCGCCAACGGACCCACAAGGAUCGGCGGCGCCGUGCCACGGGCGAGGAGCCGUGCCCGGACGGCUGGUGGGCGUGGUUGGAGCCCCGCUGGAUGGUGGAGGCCGCGGGCGCCGUGUGGCGAUGGAGCGUCACCGCGGGCGUGGUGGUGCUGACGCGGCUGCUGGCCGUCAUCUGGAGGGGCGUGAGUGGCAGGGAGGAGCCAUGGGCGGCCUCACUCAGCCUGAGCACCGAGCGUGACUCAAAUGAGUAUGAGUCUGGCGAGGCGCUCAGUGUGUCUGCCACGCGAGCCUCGGCCGGGCCGCGCUGCUCCCCUAGAGGAACGCCGCCGCGCGCUCUGCCCAGCCACUCCCCGCCGCGCUCCCUGCACUACGCGCAGCUCGUGCCCCCGCCUUCCCCUGCGGCCCCUAGUCCCCCAGGGUCGCCAGGGGCCCUGCGGGUUCCUCGCUCUUCCAUGAUUCACCCGCGGCAUGAGCCCGUGGCCACGACAGCCCCUCUGUGUGACCCAGCGGAGGCACCUCGUGACCCCCUGCGGCAUGGAACCACCAACCCCCUCCUGCAGGCGGUGGCGGGCUUCUCGUCGCUGCAGGACGAGAUGAUGCGGGCCAUCAGGGAGGCCAAGGAGACCUCCUCGGCCUUGAUGUUGAAGCGUCGUGACAGCGUCUCCUCCAGUGUGUCCGUGGGCUCGCUGCCAUCCGUCGACACCUCCGGCAGUGGGCGUCAGCACGGCUCUUGCGUCAGCUCCAUCGUCAGCUCCGUGGUGAGCUCCACCAGCCCCAGUCCCGCCAGGGAGCCUCGUCCGCCCUCGCCCCUUCUAGCGGCGCUUGACUCCCUGGACGGGGACUACGACCAGCACCUGGAGGAGAGCAUCGAGUCGUCGCUGGCGGACCUGGAGCAACAAAACUCCGACACCGACACGGAGGUGGAGAAUCUGAGCGGCGAGGGCGUCACCGUGAAGAGCACCCUCGUGCUGGACCUGACGCGCCGCCAGUGGACCCCCGACGCUACCUUCCCCAAGACCCUCACCGCCCCCGCCCCGGGCAGCGACGACCCUCCGUCCCCCAGCGGCCACGCCGUGGAUCCCGGGGUGCAGUGUGAGAGUCAGCAGGUGAUCCGGGCCAUCGUGGACCUGGCCAGGGACUCCGAUAGCGAGGACACACACACGCCCACUGCACCCGUGCCGCCCGCUGCCGCCGCCGCCCCAGACACUGCCCUCGGGGCCCUGCAGCGGUCACCCCAAGGACAGCAGCAGCAGCGGCUGCCCGCUCCGCGCCAGGACCCGACGGGACCCGCUGCUCCUACGCUCCUCGGUGCUGUCAGCUGCAAGACAGGCCAACGCGUGGCGGCGGCGGCGGCGGCGGCGGAAGAGUGGGUGGCGCGGAGCCCCGAGACGGCAACACCGCAACCUGAUAUUUGCCCGAGUCAGGAGAGGUCACACAAGGGCGCGGAGGGCAGCACGCUCCUCGCGGCGGAGUGCAGCAGGCCUGGCCAGGCUGGGGCGGCGCGGGGGGAAGCCAGGGACGAGCUGCCCCUCAAGGAUGGGACGCAGCCUCCCGCACACCACCCGCAAGCCUCGGCCGCCCCCCAGCCCCCCCAGUCCGUGCCUGCACCUCCCCCGCCACCACCUCCCACGCCUACUGCUGCCUCGCCGCCGUCCCCCCUCACACCCCCGCUGCCCUGGUCCUCAGUUUCCCCCCCAGCGUCACCGCCUGCCUCGCCCCCUGCCUCGCCUCACAGCCCCAGUCAUCAUCAUCAUCGUCGUCAUCAGCAACAACAACAAAAACAUCAACAACAACAAUCACAGCACGUGCCCGUAGGUCCUGCGGGAGUCUUGGGUGGGAAGGUUGCGGCGGCGGCCCCUGAGUUGAGCGCCGCCCUGGACAUCACGGCGCUCAAGAACGAGAUCACCGCCAUCAAGGCCGAAAUCCUGUCCCGGAAGGGCAAGAAGAGCCAGGCGGAGGCGGAGGCGGCGGCGGCGGAGGAGCGGUGCAUCGUGUCGUCGUGCGAGGACCUGACGCACCUCAGGGAUGAGAUCCUGGCCCUCAAGCAGGACUUUUACUCGCUGCUGCACGAGAAUUCCCUCAGCAUGCAGGAGGCCGCCGCACGCCCCCCCUUGCCGCACCCGCGCCUCGGGGGGCCGCUGCUCAAACACCAACUCAAGUCCGUCAGCAUCGACAACGUGGACGAGCUGAAGAAGGGCCCGGGCAAGGGUGGCGAGGCCCCAACCUUCCUGAGGCAGCGGGGCAAGGCUGGCCGCGGUGGGGGGGGGAGCGGGGCCGCCGGCUUCACCGUCAGCAUGGUGCUGGACCUGGCCGAGGACCCCGCCGCCGCCGCCGCCACUACCCGCCGCCCCGCCAGCCAGGUGCUGGCAUCGCCGCAGCUCAGCACCGAGUCCUACCAGUCAGCUGCAAGUCAGCUGUCGACAGUGCGGGAGUCACCCACGCCCGACCCUGCCCUGGAGCGACGCCCCCCACGCGCCCCACCCGCGGCCCACCACAGGCUGCCACCGCCCAGCCUCCCUGCUCUGCUGCAGCAUGACCAGGCGGCGGCGAGGGUCGACGGGGCGGGGGCCGGCGGCAGUGACGGGGACAGUGACAGUGGUAGUGUUGAUAGUGACGAGGUGGUGACGGUGACGCGCUUCACCAGUGUCGAGAGGAUACUGUACGGCGUCGACCCCUCGCCCUACAAGCCCAGGAGAAGGACCGACAUCCGUGACAGGGAGUUGGAGGAGGAAGAGAGAGAAGAACUUCUGGGCUCUGACGACGAGGAACAGGAGGACCCCUUCGACUACUGCAAGGGUGGCUACCAUCCCGUCAAGAUCGGUGACCUCUUCUACAGCAGGUACCACGUGAUCCGUAAGCUGGGCUGGGGACACUUCUCCACCGUCUGGCUCUGCUGGGACCUGCAAGCCAAGAGGUUUGUGGCUCUCAAGGUGGUGAAGAGCGCCUCGCACUACACCGAGACGGCUUUGGAUGAGAUCAAGUUAUUGAAAUGUGUCCGAGAGUCUGACGAGAAUGACCCAAAGCGCGACAAGACGGUUCAGCUUCUCGACGACUUCAAGAUCAGCGGCGUCAACGGGACUCACGUGUGCAUGGUGUUCGAGGUCUUGGGGCACAACCUCCUCAAGUUCAUCAUCCGCUCGAACUACCAAGGCAUCCCUCUCACUAACGUCAAGAGCAUCACACGACAGGUGCUGGAGGCCCUGGACUAUCUACAUACCAAGUGUCAGAUCAUCCACACUGACAUCAAGCCGGAGAACAUCCUGGUGUGCGUGGACGAGGCGUACAUCCGCAAGUUGGCUUACGAGGCAACACAAUGGCAGAAGAUGGGGCUCAAGCUUCCUGGCUCCCUCGUGAGCACAGCACCCAAGCACUACUCCCAGCCAGACCCCAACACAAAGAUGACUAAAAACAAGAAGAAAAAGUUAAAGAAGAAGCAGAAAGCCAAACAGUUGCUGCUGGAGAACCAGAUGAAGGAGCUGGAGGAGAUGGAGGAGAAGGAGGCUCGGCAGGCCCUGGAGGCUUGUGACAUCACCACCACCAACGCAUCAGUGUUAAGUAAUGACUCAAGCCUGGAGGAGCCGAGCCUGGAGCCGCAGACCAAUGGGCAGCAGCUGCAGCAGAAGCAAAACCAGAAGCAACAGCAGCAGCAGCAACAGCAACUGGAGAAGCAGAAGAGCCUUGAGGAGAUGCCUUCCAAAGGGCAGGAGGAUCAACAGCCACUGCUGCUGCAGGAGAGUGAGGCCAAGCUGAGCCAGUCCCACCCCCAGCUGCACCCCCCACCCAUGGACCAGCCCUGCCUCAUCACCCCAACACUCACCCUGGAGGAGGAGGCACAGCAGAAGCUUGAACACCGCAAGAGCCUGGCUGAGAUGUGUGAGGGUGACGUGCGUCCAGGAGGGGCCGUGGGGCUCACCCUCGACCCACUCAUGAACGGCCAUGACUGUCCCAGGCCGGUGCUGGGACGCUCCGAGUCUGAGAUCACCCCUGACAUGAGGCUUCCCCCGGAGGAUGAAGAGCCUUUCCAUCCUCCUGCCUUAAAAAGCAGUGACUCCAAGGACCUGAAACACCCGCUUUUCUUCUCAGACGGGGAGGAAGUGGGUGCCAACUUCACCAACUACAACAGCGGCACCAGCGGCAGUGGCAGUGGCAACACAGGCAACAGUGGCAGCGGCAGCGGGGGGAUGCGGCGCGUGGCCUCCUGCCCCGACCACAAGUCUAUCGACCACGUCCCGGACCCCGUGCACGAAGUGUGUGACAUGAAGGUGAAGAUCGCCGACCUGGGGAACGCCUGCUGGGUGGACCACCACUUCACCGAGGACAUCCAGACCCGGCAGUACAGGUGUCUGGAGGUGCUGCUUGGGGCUGGCUAUGGUGCCCCAGCUGACAUCUGGAGCACCGCCUGCAUGGCCUUUGAGUUGGCCACCGGCGACUACCUGUUUGAGCCGCACAGUGGGACGGACUACACCCGCGAUGAGGACCAUCUCGCCCACAUCAUUGAGCUGCUUGGCAAGAUCCCCCGCCACAUAGCUCACUCUGGGAAGUACUCCAAGGAAUUUUUUGAUAAGAAAGGUGACCUGAAGCAUAUCACCAAGCUCCGUCCCUGGGGCAUGUUUGAGGUGCUCACGGAGAAGUACGAGUGGCCGGAGGAAGAGGCUCGAGCCUUCAGCGACUUUCUCAACCCCAUGCUGGCGUUUGACACCUCGGAGAGGGCCACGGCCGGGGAGUGCCUCAAACACCCGUGGCUGAACUCAUGAAUGUGAGAUGUGCUCCUGCUGCUCCCUCGGCCCUCCGCCUGGCAGCACACCUCACCACCUACACCCUGGCAUGACUCAUCCAACAUGGGGAACAACACGACCCAGACUCUUCAUUGCAGGUCACGGCGGCGCUAGCAUCAGGGCGGAUACCAAAGAUGUCUCCACAGAACAGCAACGGUUGCGGCGGUGCUCCGGGCGGGCAGGCGGCGCGGUGGCGGUGAGGGGCGGGUGGUGGGCGGAGGCGAGGGUUGAGGGUGCCAGUGUACAUACAGGGGCCCCAGCAGGGUGAUCGGCCCCGUUCUUGACCAGAAGUGCUUUGACUAUUGAUAUUAAAAAAUAAUAAUCAUACUGGAGUGGAUGUUACAUAUAUAUAAAUAUAUAUUUUUUUUGGUUCGUUCAGCUCUGAUGAUAAGCGAGAGACUGAAAGGAGGAACCAGCAAUCUCUCAGCGCAAGUGUCUUAUGAAGAUGAUUGUGUCCCAAGGCUCUGGUGUGACUGUACAUAAUGACAGACGGCGGCUACUCCUCUGCCAGUCCAUGAUAGCCUACACUCCCAACGGGGGAACAAGAGGAGGAGGAAUCGUGUGCUGGUAAAGCCGAUUUAAACUGCUCAAACCACAAGUAAUUGUAAGAGGAAGCAGAGGCAGCACGAGCAUCUCUGCCUGUGUUAUGCGACAGAAGCAACAAGACGACGACAUUUCAAGGACUAAACGACGGCAACAUCACGAUACAUUUUCACACUUUGCUGGCACUGCGGCAGGCUCGGAGGCGACGCAGCGAGAGAACCAGGAUGCCCCUGCCUCCCUGCCUGACACCCUGCAGCGCUGUGAGCCUGAGGACAGCUGGAUGGCUCUUUUUUUCCCAAGCAUUCAUUUCAAUAGUUCUGUAAAUAUUGCACUUAACUCAUGGACGUUGGUUUCUCAUCAGCCCUGAGGCAGGCGGACGCUCGGGACACCAAAGACGGGUGAAGGAAGGAAAGAAGGAGUCUGGGGUAGAUUUUGGCGCGACAGAACACUUGAUACUGCAACUCCUCUCAAGUUAUCUACGUCAAUUCAUUUUUUUGUUCCGCUAUAAUCCACACGACAUAUUCAUCUCCUGCUAGAUUAGUUGCUUUACUUUUAUCUGAAAUAAAUGCAUGCAGUGUUGUGGAGGCUACAAUGGAAUUUUUAGUACCCAAUAAAGUGUUUUUAAGACUUUUAGGUUGAAACAUGCUUGUGUAUAUGUCAUUUUAUGAUUUGUUUUUUAUUGUGGAUUUGGAUGUCCAGAAGAACUGUUUUACAGAAUUUUGCGAAUCGGUAACAUUUCAGUUUUAUUAAUAGCAGCCGGAGAUGCAGAAUUGAGCUAUCCACUACAAGACACACAAGACCAGGGCUGAUGUUAUGUACUGUAUGAGUAGCCUCGUAGCCUGAUUGCAAUAUUUUGUCCAUCAUUAUAAAAGGAAAAUUGUAUACUAAACGCAAGCCCUCCUAUAGACUUGAGUAGAACCUUUUCCAGUUGGCUGUUUAUCAAGUACAACCCUGUCCCUUCCUCUCCUCCUCCCCUCCUCCCCAUCCUGUUUAUUUACCCCCUGACAGCUUCACCCAGCUCUAGCUCCCCUCCCCAGCCUCCCUCAUCCCCUCCCCCCCUCCCCUGCUGGCCCGUGGCUGUAUGUGGGCGGCAGCGCAUCCCAUUUUCUUUGAGGCUACUAGGCUCCGUGUUUUCUGUAUAUUUAGCCACAUUUAUAAGAUGUCAUAUGUAUGGAUGAAUUAUUACGGAUAUAAUUUAUUUUUACUCCAUUUUAGACAUGCACCAUUAUUUUGUAGGUUAUCUUUCCUUGUGACAACAGGACUGUAGAGUUCAUUUAUGUCUAUGCCCUCAUGACUGUUCCACCAGCCAAUAGUGUUAUCAACAGGCAAGUACUGCGGUGGCCUGCCCCCUCCCCUGCCCCCCACCCCCCACCCCUUGUACUCCCCUGCAGGUCAACACCCUCAAGCCUGCACACGCUGCACCACUCCAGAUCAGGGUGAGGGCGUGCAGACUGUCCGGAGCCUUGGCUCGGCAGUGUUGGGAGCCCAGAACCCCUCCCCCACUCCAGAGCCCAGGUGCCACGGCUCAGUAAGAGGGUCGGCACCGCCUGGAGGCACUGCCGAGGGGCCCCGGCAGCAGCAGGGCGGCGGCGGGGAGGCACACACGCAGUAAUAGGUCAGCGGCCUCAGCCCUGCUUAUGGAGCAUCUCCCAUAAUCAGGCUAACAUUGUCUUAUAUUAAGAUGUCUCUAACCUUGCCAGGGGUGCAGUAGGCCGACAAAUUUUGUACAACAUGCUAAGAAUUUGGGCCUUACUGCUGUGGUAGACUUGUCCAAUCCUAUGUACAGCAGGCAUAAUGAUACCAGUACUCUUGAUAGUAAAGGUGAGCACACCACCCUGCGUCUCAUUAACACAGGAAGGACAGCAGCAGCAACCCUCGUGUCCGCCUAGGUAGGGUAACCUCUCCCAUGUUUCAUUUUGUGUACUUUGUCCUAUUGAAUUAUGGAAGAAGUGCAUUUUUCCGUUUAAACCUUUUGAUACUG